AAGAGCGGAAGUGAACGCAGUUUGUCACCAUUGCCGUGACAGAGGAGCAGCUUAGCAGCAAAACCUUGGAGUGGGAGUGGGUCCAGGACUGAAUGAUAUAGCCGUCUAUAGUCGGGGAAGAUCAACUUUUUUUGAGGGUCCGUUCAAAAUCAGCAAGGAUGAGCGACACCGAUGACAAACGUAUGGAGACAACGGAGAGCAAAUACGAAUUCGGUGGACACACUUUAACGAUUACAUUGUUUAAAUACCCUAAAUUGGGCGUCGCUUCUUUUGUCUGGGCCCCUGGCAUCGUGCUUUGUCAGUACUUCGACGACGAGAAGAUCAACUUUGCUGGGAAGAAAAUAAUUGAACUGGGAUCUGGCACGGGAAUUGUGGGAAUUAUGGCAGUACUGCUUGGCGGAGAUGUCACUUUCACGGACAGACCAUAUGUUUUGCAGCAAAUUGAACGGAACAUCGCUGACAAUAUCCCGUCUGACUCCAGGCACAGGGCAAAGGUCGGUGCCCUGAUGUGGGGCACUGAUCAGGAAAACUACCCAGCAGACUUCGACAUCGUUCUUGGUUCCGACAUCAUCUACAGCCCAACACAGGUUCCUGGUCUCUUGAAAACAUUGACGCAUCUCUGCGGCGAUAACACAAGCAUUUAUUUGUGUUCUAACUUUCCCGCCAGGGUGGGAUCAGAGAAUUUCCACAAGGAGAUAUUACCAAAGCAGUUCAACAGCGAAUUCAUUCAUUCAAGCAAGGGAAAUCACAUUUACAAACUAACCAAAAAAUCUCCAGAACACGGGGACUAGUUGGCUUUGUACUGGGCGUAUAUUUGUAACUUAUGAAAACUCUGAGAUUCACAGGGUUUACUAAUUAUUUCAAAAGUUGGGUGAAUAGGAGUUGAUGUUUUGUUCCUCUCUACAUUUUCUCUCGCCCACACAUUACUGAUACACGUUGACACACGUUAUUAUUCUUAGUGGAGAUCACGCCGCCGUUGAAAAUCAAAUCCUAUAUGAAUAAAUAAGUAUCAAAUUCUAACUAUAUUUAAUGAUAAAGGGGUUAUACGGGAAGUCAGUUCGAAACCACGGUUAGUAAUGCACAUGUGAAAUCCAAGACAUUUUCCAUGUCGGAGAAAUUAAUCUUUGCUUUCUAUGUUCCAAAUGUUUAUUUAUAUGUUCCUCUUUCGAUCAAUUUUCUCCCAAGUUGUAACCUCCCCUGAUUUUCACCGGCUGCAUUCUGCUCCAUUUUGCGCUGUUUAUAUUUGUUAAAUGUCAUAAAUUUCGAUUAUCACGUGUCCCCAUCGGAGACAUUAUUUGAGAGUGCACUUUUUGCAGGUAAAUGGCCACGCACUUUCACUUCCUCUUGAUGUUGCUGCCACACUCCCUGUGAAAUUAUGAAAACAUUAAACCUUGUUGAAUGAAAUAGAAGUGAGUUUUCAAUCUGUUCACUGAUUCCAAGUGUCGCUGAGACUCUGAGAAGUUGGAAGGAUUAAAUGUUCUACUUUUUAAAAUACCGAUUAAACGAUUAAUAUAGACACUUAAAACCUGCUAAAAUAAUUAAU